AUGAGUCCUGUGGACCCGACCGCGGGAGGCUGCGCGGAGGAGACCGCCCACGCCGUAGUUCCGGGGUCCUGGCCCCCAAGCCCCGAGGCAACCGCUUCUCUUCCCAGUAGAGGACUUAGUCGCGUCGCCCCGGAGACCGUUCCACAGGAGAAGGAACGCCCGAGGCUCAGCUGGCCCACAAACCGACCGGGCACCCGAAACCCCAGGCGGGAACCCGGCACUCCCGCCGUGCCCCGCCCAGCGCCCGAGCCACGCCACGCCCCCUCCCGGGACUCCCCGCCCCUUGGAACACGCCUCCUCCAGGAAAUGCCCCGCCCAGCGCCCAAGCCACGCCACUCCUCCUCCGAGACACCCUGGCCUGAGCGAUACGCCCCCUCCCGGAAAUGCCCCACCCAGCGCCAGAACCACGCCACGCCCCCUGGGCGCCCCGCCCCGCGCGACACACCUCCCCCCGGAAAUGCCCCACCCAGCGCCAGAGCCACGCCCCGGGCCAGCACGCUCCACCCACCGCCCAAGCCACGCCCCCAAAGAGCCCGACUGGAACGGCCUCCCGGGACCCGCCUCCUUAGCAACCGAGGGACUCUUUCACCUUAG